AUGGCACGAGCUGCUAUCGGUAAGAUGUCAUGGGAUAAAUACAUUCUGCGUUCAGUGCAAGAGGCACCGCCUGUUCAUCUUCCGCUCUUCCUAUACGGCACAGCGUGGAAGAAAGACCGGACAGCCGACUUGGUGUACCAGGCACUGAAUGCAGGAUUCAGAGCGGUUGAUACGGCUGGUCAGCCAAAGCAUUACCAGGAGGAUUUGAUUCAGACAAAAUUUACGUCCGUUCAAGGGCAGGAUCCCAAUAAAAUGCCCUAUGAUCCCAGAACUUCGGUGACAGAUCAGGUUCAUGCCUCGGUCAAGUCAUCCCUCCACAAUCUUCGCGCGCCAGAUGCCUCAUCGAGUGUUGAAGAUGCUUACAUUGAUACAUUUCUUCUUCACUCGCCUCUGUCCACAAUGGCUGAAACUAUGGAGGCUUGGCUCACGCUUGAAUCAUACGUGCCUCAUCGCAUCCGCAACCUGGGUAUAUCAAACUGUACCUUACCAAUCCUGAAGGAACUUUAUGCCCGUGCGACGGUUAAACCGGCGGUGGUCCAGAAUCGCUUCUAUCCUGAUACGCGAUUCGACGUCCCAGUGCGCGCCUUCUGUCGGGCCCACGACAUCAUUUACCAAAGCUUUUGGACUCUGACGGCCAAUCCGGAACUAGUUCGAUCAGAUGCGGUUCAAUCAUUAGCGAGUCAGGCCGAGAUCAGUCCUGCAGCAGCAUUAUACUGUCUUGUCCUGGGCCUGGGUAACACAACUGUCCUGAACGGCACGACCAACAGGGCUCGGAUGGAAUCGGAUUUGGCUGCUGUCAGGAAGGUCGAGCAAUUUAGCAAGGACAGUCCCGAUUCAUGGCAGAUGGUACUGGACUAUUUCAAGAGAGUCAUAGGCGACGAUGUGACACUGUAA